UCAUUGAUGAGCGGUGACUUGUGAGGAGUUGCAACUUUCUUGCAGCUUCCAACAGAUUGACGAACAACCAUGGGAGCUCAUGGUGCAGGAGCAGAUCAUGGUGGUGAAGAAUACAUCUCUCUGCUACACAAGGAUGCAAGUGAGGAAGUGACAGAGGAUGGGUCUGUUGACAUUCAGGGAAGGCCUGCUCUCAAGAGCAAAACUGGCAAUUCAAGGGCAGCUACAAUUAUUCUAGGGGUUGAGCUCUUUGAGAGCCUAGCAGGCUUUGGCAUCUCCUCCAACCUGCCUAUAUACUUAAGGAAGGUGCUCCACCAGGGUAAUGCCUCUAUUGCAGCCAGCGUCACCACAUGGACAGGGACCAGCUACCUUACACCUUUGUUGGGAGCCCUGUUUGCUGAUUCAUACUGGGGCAGAUAUUGGACUACUUUCAACUUCUUCUUUGUCUAUGCCAUGGGUAUAGUAAUUCUCACUCUAUCAGCAUCUCUCUCAGCAUUGAAGCCUCCAAGCUGUGAAGGAGUUGAAUGCCCUUCAGCUACUUAUGUGCAGAAGAUGGUCUUCUUUGUUGGAUUGUACCUUGUCUCUUUUGGGUCUGGGUGCAUCAAGUCCUCUCUCCUGCCGCUGGGUGCUGAUCAGUUCAGUGAUAUGGACCCAAAAGAGAGUGUGAAGAAGGGGUCCUUCUUCAACUGGUUCUACUUCACCAUGAGCUUUGGUGCUUUCAUCUCAAGCAGUGUGCUGGUGUGGAUUCAAGAGAACAUUGGAUGGGGGGUGGGAUAUGGCAUCUCCGCGGGCUUCAUUGCCCUUACAAUUGCCAUGUUUGUAAUGGGUACCCCCUUCUACAGGCUGCAGAAGCCAGGAGGCAGCCCUUUGACAAGGGUGUGGCAGGUGCUCAUCGCGGCUUUUAGGAAGACAGCUCUUCCAACUCCCACUGAUGGCAAGCUCCUCUAUGAGGAAGAAAGCAAUUCAACUGGAAAUACCCACCUCCAUCUUCCUCACACUGAUGACUUCAGGUUCUUAGAUAAAGCAGCAAUAAAAUCCGAUAGGGACAUGGAGGAUGGAAUUUGCAGGAAUCCGUGGAGAUUAUGCACCGUCACACAAGUGGAGGAACUGAAGUUACUGUUGCGCCUGUUGCCUAUGUGGGUUACUGGUAUUAUAUACUCCGCAGUAUAUGCUCAGAUGUACACAGUCUUCAUAGAACAAGGCAGCAUCAUGGAGAGAAAUGUUGGAAGGUUUGCUGUUCCACCUGCCAUGCUGUAUGCCUGUGAGGUGCUCACUGUGAUCUUAUGGGUCCCAAUUUAUGACACCAUCGUCGUUGCGAUUGCCCGGAGGUUCACCGGCAACCCGCGGGGUUUAUCGGAGCUGCAGAGGAUGGGCAUAGGGCGGUUCUUGAUCAUUCUUUCCAUGACAGUGGCUGCUCUUGUGGAGAUGAAGAGGUUGGAGAGCAGCAAGGAAGGCAAGUUGACGAACAUAGCAUGGCAACUUCCUCAGUACUUCUUCAUUGGUGUUUCUGAGGUGUUCACUUAUAUUGGGCAGCUGGAAUUUUUCUAUGAUCAGUCACCUGAUUCCAUGAGGAGUGUCUGCACUGCCAUGUCUCUGUUAACUAUUUCACUUGGGAACUACUUCAGUUCUUUGAUUAUGGCCUUUGUGAGCUGGGCUACAACAAAGGGAGGGGGGCCAGGAUGGAUACCUGAUGAUCUGAAUGAAGGGCACUUGGAUUAUUUCUUCUGGGUGUUAAGUGGGGUUAGCAUAUUGAACUUGGUUGCCUAUGUUGCUUGUGCGAAGCGAUAUAAGCUCAAGAGAAUUGCCCAUGACCCCAUUAUCUGUUAAUAUGUAUAAGAGCUUUGUUGCGUUGAUCAUAGAAAAAAAAUAAAUGGUCAAUUAGAUGAUCAUGAUUCAAUUUCUUGAGCAGAUGUAACAAAAAUCCCUGGUUUUCUUACCAUGUCAAGAUUGUCAAGUGGUAUGAAAAAGCUACUUAUUUGCC